GAAAAACGGAAACCCCACAGUCCACAAACAGAACACGGUCUGCGUUUACGUUUCGUUGUUCUGUGUUCCGUUGACUGGCAAAGAAUGUCAGGCCCUCAGUGCUGCUCCAAUCCACCAACCCUGAACCCAAGUGCCGGUGCUGGCUAUGUUGAACCGCUCGGUGGCCUCAGCAGCUACGUCUCUGGCCACCCCGACUCCAAGCUUGCCAUCAUUCUCAUCUCCGACGUCUUUGGUUAUGAGGCUCCAAACUUGAGGAAGCUUGCAGACAAGGUUGCAGCUGCUGGAUUUUAUGUUGUGGUCCCUGACUUCUUUCAUGGAGAUCCAUUUGUGUAUGAAAAUGCUGAUAGGCCUCUACCAGUUUGGCUGAAGGAUCAUGGAACGGAUAAGGGAUUUGAGGAUGCAAUGCCAGUAAUUGAAGCUGUAAAAAAUAAAGGUAUUUCUGGAGUUGGGGCUGCAGGCUUUUGCUGGGGUGCCAAGGUUGUGGUUGAACUGGCAAAGUCUGAGCUUAUCCAAGCUGCAGUGCUUUUACAUCCUUCAUUUGUCACUGUGGACGAUAUCAAAGGGGUUAAGGUUCCUACUGCAGUUCUAGGAGCCGAGAUUGACAAAUAUUCUCCAAUAGAACUCUUGAAACAGUUUGAGGAGGUCUUAGCAGCUAAAUCUGAGGUGGAUGGCUAUGUUAAGAUAUUCCCGAAAGUUUCUCAUGGUUGGACAGUUAGGUACGAUGUUGAAGAUGAGGCAGCUGUGAAGUCAGCUGAGGAGUCCCAUCAGAACCUAUUGGAAUGGUUUGAUAAGCAUGUGAAGCGAGUAGGAAAUGUCAAGUUAGAGAGACGUCUUUCGUCUGGCCUCUAGUUCUCUUAUUAUUUAUUAUAUGGAGUGAGUUUUACAAGCUGUAGUACCCCAGAAUUUGAUCUGAUUUGCUUAUGAACAACUGUUACAAGUUGCAUGCUUUUUAACACACUACAUCCAAUGCCUAUGUUGUUUCUUA